GAUAAAAUUCAGCGGAAGUCUUCCCAGGAUCCAAAAGCACACUAGCAGCACCAAUAUUUGAACAAAAAAUCUCAGGUUAGGUUUGUUGUCUAGUACACAAGGAGACGAUGACGGGAAUAUGGAGAUUGAACCUGCCGUUCGGGCUUCUUUUAUCAUUAUGGUGCAUGACUCUCCGUCCGUCGCAGGCCUUUCUUUCGACCAAGGGGCUGACCGAAAGGAAAAUAAGCACACUGGACAAGAAAGAGAAUCCGUCGUUCGGUAGCAUCUACCGUUCCUCACCGCCUCUCAGGGUGUACAACGACGACGAAGAAAGGGAACAGAUCGAAGAAGCCCGCCUCCGCAUCUGGAACAACCGCAGGGGGGAGGUCCGUUCCAUGCUCAAGGGUGCGGAGUCUCUCCGAAACUUUCGCCUGGCGAACGGAUUCACCCCCGAGCUCGACGAGGACGGAAACCCCACCAAGGCCGACGGAAAAACCGCCGUGACGCUGACCGCCUUUGCCGUAGCGGCUGGGGCCAUCGUCCUGAGGGUCGGCGGCCGGGCCGCCCUGGUCAGCGCGGUGGGCCUCGACUUUGUCAACGACAAUCCCGAGAUGCAGGAACAGAUCAACCAGGUCCUGCAGUACGCCGAGAGCGUCGAUCCGGUUCUCAAGACGGGAUUGUUCUGGCUCGGAUGGACCUUUGUUAAAACCCUGUGCUUCGACGCCGGCGGCAUCGUCCUCGCCUUUGCCUCUGGAAUACUGUUUGGUGGUGUCUUGCAGGGUGCGAUCAUGAGCGCACUGGGGGCCACCAUCGGAUCGUCGGUGGCGUUUGCAUUGUAAGUGGGUCGGGCAGUUGUUUGACGUGGUGGUUCUGUCGCGUGUUGUGCCCGAUGUCCGUGGCGUAUGGGGGUUCGCAUGCGAGCGUUUUUGUCAAUUUCACUUGCUUACACGAUUUUGUCUCGUUGAUUGAAAGGGCAAAAGCCGACACACCGGUUCGCGAGAAGGCAAUUGAAAUCGUCGAAGAAAAUCCGUCGCUUCGGGGGCUUGAAAAAGUGGUGGCCGACGAAGGCCUCAAGGCGGUUUUGACCUUUCGAUUGGCUCCGGUCCUGCCGAUUCCGCUGGGAAUGUACAACUAUGUAUACGGAAUCACCAACGUGAGGUUUGUGGAUUUUGCCGGCGGAAUCUUUUUGGGGUCGCUCAAGCCCUACUUUCUGGACAGCUACCUGGGAUAUGUUGGAAAAUCGUUGGUGGACGGAUCGGCCAGCGAGGGCGGUUUGCAGGACUAUGUUUUGAUCGGAGUUCUCGGUUUAAGCGUGUUGAUCGGGGUCUUCGCCUCGCAGUUGGCCUCGGAAACAUGGGAGGCCAUCCAGAAAGAGGAAGAAGCGGAGGACCGGGAAAACAAGCUGAAGGAAACGGGCGGCGAAGACGAGGACGACGACGGCGUCACCACCGAGGUCUUUGGAUUUGAGCUCCCCCAGUGGAUGGUGGGUUUUCAGUACGGUCUCCAGGACGCCGAUGAGCGCAUGAAUCGGCUGGUCCUCCAGGAAUACGACGCAAAAGUCUGGAACUGCACCGAGGACUCGUCGUUUUUCGGAAUCGAGGUCUCCAAGAAGAACCUCCCCGACAACAAGAACCCGGCGCUCGUCGACCCGGCCAGCCCCGAGAUCACGGAUCGGUACGAGGGAGUCGACUUUGGCGCAACCACCUGCGACGGCUUGGUCCUGAGCCCCAUUUUGUUCUCKUACUUUUUGAAGAUCCAGGAUCCCCUCUUCGACGAACGGUCCCUCCGGGAGGAGGACUGGGACCGAGGGUCCGGAGCGACAGCGGAAACUACCGCAGCACAACCGCUGGCGUCCACGGACGCCCCACCGGUGGCACAGACCAGUGCCGUGGAUGUGGCGGCGGAGGACGUGCGCAGCGGGAGCGGGCCGUCCCCGGAAUUCGUCGAGGGGAUCUUCCUGAACCAGUUGCAAGCGCUGAAGGACGAAACCCAGCAGCGCAUCGACGAAACGAACCGAAAACUAUCGGAAAUGAGCGACGAGUGAGUGCGAGUGCGAAGAUCGAUCCGGCACCCUGCAAUGACAAGAUACUAGACAAUACAAWGCACAAUAGAUC